CAAUCGCAGCACAGCAGCACCAAGUCAAAUCGAAUAUUUUGGAGUGAGGCUCAAGCUUCCAGAGAGUUGUUACUGGUGCUGCUUCGGGUCGGAUAAGCUUUCUCCUCUCGCUGUAACCUCACUGUCUAUGGUUGGGACAUAAAAGAAAGACCACAAAAAUCUUCAUUGAUUUAACCUGGCCGAGGCUUCAAAAUGGACAAUGUCGCAGUUUCAAGACGAAACCACAAUAAAGGAAACAAGGAAAAUGCCCAGCCUGCAUAUGGCAGUAAGUCCUUAAUGAGAAGAGAGAAAACGUCAUUUACUCCCUUCCAACUGGCAAGUAACACAAAAGAGCAAACAGUGGCAAAAACCAGCUCAAUUAAAGCCAAGGUGGACACAUGGUCGACGUCUGGCGAAGCUCUGAAAAAGGCAAAGACCGUACAGAAGGAUAGGAAAGGAGCUGCUGCCGGCACUGAUGUCAAGCUACGACAAACCCAUAGCCGGUGCUUCCUCACGGAACCUGCUGUGAAACCCAAGAAAACUGCUGCAGAAGCUCCAAAGCCACCGGCUGCUGCGCCGUCCUCAAAACCUGCUCUUGGCAUGUACAAAGGCAAGAUUGUCCAGUCCAAAAUAGGAUCCAUGUGGAAGUCAACUGCCACCGUGGGCGGGGCAGAUGCCAAGCCGCCAGCACCCAAAGCGCAGGUCCAAAGGGUUGGAAACGUGACUAAACGCAGGUCCAUCUCCGUUUCUGACCUGCCUGUGCAUGUCGCACAAAAACCCGCGUCGACGAGGACCAAGUCGGUGUCGGAUGAACCUGCUCAGGCGCCCAAGCCUCCUGCCGCCAGCCGUCCUCGCGCUGGGUUGUACAGCGCUCUCCCUGCUGCCAGAACCUUCCCGGCAACACUAGCCGGUGCCAGCUCCAGAAACGCCAAAGUUGCUCCCGCCAAGGGAAGUGGGACUCAGAGCGCAACGCCAAAGAUUCCAGGGGCCAACAAGAAGGUCAACAAACCUCCUGUGUCAAACGCCCUCAGUCAGUACAGAUACACCAUGGAGACUGCCGAGGAAAAAAGGUAAAAAAAUUAAAGGUCCCAUGGCAUGAAAGUUAAAAAACCGGAAGCUGAUCCCGACCCACAGUCCACGUCUUGUGUUGAACCUCAGCCGGCUGCACAGUGCGAACCUGAACCCGAACCCGGACUGGAAGCGCACAAUCCAGGCCCUGCCACUGCUGCUCACUGUUCCGGGUUAACACCCAGCCAAACUCCAGUGAUCAUGAACACCACGCUGGACCAGCUGGAAAACUCUGAUGCCGAUCUGCCUGUUGACACACAGGACGGAAUCGAUGAUGUUGUGGUGAACCUGUGUGCUGCUUUGGAUGCCUUUCCAUAUGAGGACGAGCUUCCACAGGUGACGGAUGUGUGCAAUAAUGUUGAAAUGGAGGACGGCAAACAGAAGGAUGAAUGUAAAACAGAGGAGUGGAAGGAGGAGGAAAUGCGCGGGAAGGAGGGCGAGAAGCCAAAGGUUGAGCAAGUGAAGGAUGGAGUAGAAGAAAGUAGUGACCAGAAAGUGGAGACGGAUGAGGAAGUAGAAAGUGAUGAUGAUGAUGAUGUUGUGAUGGAGACCGUGCCACAGAUGGAGGAUGCUUCAGUAAUAAAGUACAGUGUGAAGACUACUCCGUACCUGCAAAGUGUGAAGAAGGCAAUUGAAGACGAGGCCAGCACAAGUACGUCCAGAAAAAAGAGCAACAUCAAAGAUGUGAAGUUUCUGACCCCAGUGCGCCGUUCCUGCCGCAUCGAGCGCACGUCGUCCCGCCUGCCGGCGAUGCUGGCCGAUCACGACCCCUGUGUGUCCUCGCUGGCUGAGCUGGUGCAGCUGGAUGACGGCAACGCCGCCAACGCCUACAUCUACAGAAAAAACCACGCACUGCUGGAAGAUCUGCCAGAUCAGCCCAGACUGUGAGGAGCUCUGUAAAUGUGCAGUUUAAAAUAAUAUACAAAAUGGACACUAUGUACUGACACUUUUUAGAAUGUUUUAAUAAUCUCAUUUGAAUGUGUCCGAUCAAUGAAUUAUUGCUGUUAUAUUUUAAAAUAUUAUCACUUAACACUAUUUUAUUUUAAUAUUGACAAUAUUGCCAAAUGCACUGCAAUAAAGAAUUAUUAACUCAU